CUCGCUUAGACAUUACGCUCGUUCUUUACACCUUCAAAAUGGUUAAGACUCUUUUCGCCGCCCUCCCCGUGCUUAUGCUUGCCGAGCAAACUCUCGGAUUCGGUUGCUCCACACACAGCUUCACUACUUGCGAAGAUAGAAUCGUUCACUGGUUCGACCCUGAUGAUGGCAUGAUUUGCGAUCCCCUUGAUUGUGGUGGCGGCCGAGCCCCCGUAAAGACUGGCGUCCCAGGAUGCGCAAACUACUCUGGCACCGAGACCCGCGGAACAUCGUACCUCUCAUGCUGGAAGCCUUCGACUACUCUUGCCACAGCACCUGCUGAAACAACCAUUGAGGCCAUUACCACCGAUGCUGAACCUACCAGUACAGCUAUCGAAAUUGAAACCGAGAGCACAACUGAAAGCCCAACCGAGACUACAACCGAGAGCCACGCUGUUGAGCCAACCACUUCCGGACUGGUCGAGGCGACUGUCUCUGAACUCACCACUGUCGCUCCUGUCGUCCCUUCACAGACCCAGACGUCCGUUGAAACUCAAGCGACUAAGCCGGCGUCUACCCCAAUCGUCAGUCCCAACGCUGCACAGGCUUUGAAGGGUUCUUUGAUUGCUGCUGCCGGAGUUGCCAUCGGUGCGAUGCUUCUCUAAGCACAGUCAUUUAACUGUGCGGUAUGUCUUUAAUAAUCAAUGAUAUAAUGAAAGUGUAUUCAGUUGGGGUUUGUUUGUUCUUCCAAGAGAUAUCAGAUCCGGUUAUCAUAAUAUGGACAUCAUUUGUUAUAAAUUAUUCCAAUCAUUUCUCAA